CUGACUUUAAGUCUCAACCCAGUGGAACAUCGAAUAUCUAUCCCACGCCGAUGGUAUAGAUGGUUGUGUGUUCGAGCAGUUAUACGAAGUAACCGGGGCCAAAAGCCCGUGUCAUCCAAGGUGUGCUCUACUCGGGGGAAUAAUGGCGCCGAUUACGACGUAGCUUACAGGUUACUACCGGAUUUCCCCAGACUCGCGACUCGGGUAUUCUCGCUUGGUUCCUUCAUGACAACCUCUGCCUGGAAUCCAACUCGAGCUUCAUCAACAAUCAUGACAUUCGGCAUUCAUAUUGCGUUCUCACCAAGCCGUCCCACGACAGUGGCACUGGCGCUUCUCCCCGUGGCCAUCCCCGCAAUCUAUCUUCUAUAUCUCAGUCGCGUAGUGUCCAGGAGCACAGAAUCAUCAGCUGGUCGUCGGAUCCCCCACAAAAACCAACACCAGUCGUCAUCUGACUCAUCUUCCUCGGCCGAGCCAACAACGACGCCCUGGAACCCAGUCUCCCUUCCAGAAGACGUGAGAACCGACGACUCCCAAUGGGUGCUGGCCUACGAACGAGUCGUAUCACACGCAGUAUCGACAUCCUCCCUAUCCGUCCCCGUCCACCUCACGACCGCCACCGCCGCCGCCCCCUCUGAUACUCCACCCCCCACCACCCCAACGUCCGCAGCUACAUCUGAUCUACUCCGGGACUACGCCCGCGCGGCCCAGACGGCCUUCAGCUGGACCCCCCAGGCUUUCCUAAUCCGCUCUUCCAUCCGCGACCCAGACAUCCGCCGGACCUUCGACGCCGACUGGAUAGCCAACCUAGACUUCGCACCAGGCGACCUGGUCAACGGCGUCUAUCGCGUCUCCUACCGCGGUCCAGGCCAGCAGCGCGUCUCCUCCUCCUCCUCCUCCUCCUCCUCCUCCUCCUCCUCCCCCUCCCCCCCGCUCUGCUCUGACCGCGUCGAGCUGCUUCUCGAAGCUCCCCCUUCGUACAGAGGUCCCGUCCCACGUGCGCUGGUUGUCUGCGAAGUAGCGACGGCCCCCCCAGCGAACCCUUUUCGGGACGGGGCCGGGGAGGAGAUAAGCGACGACGACGACGACGCCGCCGCCGAUGAGCACCAACUCCAGCAAGUUGUUUUCGUGAACGAGACGUGGAUGUGGAGACGGCAAGACGAGAAGCCCGUCCUCAUCGAGACCCCUGUGGGGAAGUGGUUGCAUACUCUCUUGGCUGGCUGGCUCGUCACUAAAGGCGUCCAGGCCGUGGUUAGCGGCCGGCAAAAGUCCCAGUGAACCGAUGCAUCAGACGAACCCCCGGUGAUCCUCGGUUCUGUACAACACUUGUUUUGGUAUUUUAGGCAACACGCCACUCCAUCUCUAGCCCGAGACCUGGUCAGAUCAAUGGCUCCCAUCCUUUCGGUCUUAUGUAUGCCAGAGCGAGCAGAUUCUUCCAUGUUGUUUUUAGGCAUGGUCCUCGUGUAGGUAGUUAGUUUACCUGCAAUGAUCAAAUGUUAUAAAUUGCCGAUUGCAACUUUAACAGGAUGGCUUCGAACUUUCGUCG